GCACGUAGCUUAUCGAGUUUGAAAUAUAACUAUUAUCAGUUUAAUACUAAUCCAAGCAGUUUUAGCAUCUUCAAACUUGUCGAAUAGAUAUUAAAUGGCAGUUUUAACAGUUUCGCCCCCAAGCUUGCCCGGACAUGUCUGAAUUUGACUUUUAAAUGGAGCAGCUCAUCAUCAUCUCUUCAGUGUCACUGAUCGGAUGUUUCCUGCAUGCAUCAAGCUCACAUCAUCAGGCAUUAUUUUUACUGGAAACAUCAGAUGCUUGGACAACAUGACAGUGUUGAAGACCCAGUCUCCUGCUUUGGCUGGAACGAAUGAAAAAUUGUGGUUGGAGAAAGCCUGCUGCAAUCUUAUUCCUGAUUUAUCAUUAUGGAUUAUUGAAUAUGCAUGGAGUAAACGAAUGAUGGAGGUCCUCGAAGUUCUAGGUCCUCCAUUAUGGCUUGAAGGUGACUGGUGUCUUCUGACUCUUGAAGAGCCUUGCCAAAUCCGUGUGGUAUCAGCAGAGGUCUGGAGGAUCGUACAAGCCAGAGACAUCAAGCAUUUUGAGCGUGUGACCAGGUUUUUGGAUGUUUCUUACUUGCUUGUUCCACGACUGGUGACUCCCAUCAAACACAUGAAAAUCAUGUUUGGUCUACAGACUCUGGUUAUAAUGUGGAUGCUGUGGAACGACCAGAGUGCUGCUAACAUAGAUGAAAAAAUCGAGAGCCUGUUCCCUAACAACCUGCCUCAGUAUUACAAAUGUAGCCGCAAGCACAUGGAGCUAAUGCAGAAAAACAGAGAAGAUUUCAAGUCCUUUGCUCAUGCGCUGGCGAGAGACAGGAGCAUGCGUGAGGCUUACAUUCGGGAUUUAAUGGAGGAGCAAUAUGGUGAACGCUAUGCACAGAAACUGGAGGAGAGACUUUCACACUAUUUGGAAGCGCUAGAUAAAGCCUUGCCACAGUCGACAUGUAUUGAACAGGUACUGGACCAGUCACUGCCACAGGCCGCAGGAGAGAAGAUUUUGAAGAAAUUACUCUCACGGGAUAGCGCUUCUCUUGCCAAUGUUCUCCGAAGGCUCCUAAACUGUGCUGUGACUUCAAAUCAAAACUGUGACGACAGUAGCUCUCUAUCACCGAGUUCAAACACAUGUGAGGAACAGAAGGAUGCUCCAAAGAGUAAUAAACCGUCUCAAAGAACCCUUCAUGUAGUUUCCAGGCCAUCUCAAGAAAGCAAGGAAACAAGACUCUCACAAACCAGCUCAAAGCAGUUAUUUAUUUCGCAGGGCUUGUGGCAGAAAAGAAAGGAAAGUCCUCAGGGAAGUUUAACGGAGACGUGUCACGAUGACGGAUGACAACCUCCACACAGAUGUCGGGUGAGAUCUGUCAGAUUGGCUGUAGUCCAUCUAUGCUGGAGGAAAGGAGGUGGCAGCAGAAACACUCAGAGACUGAAUCAGAAACAGAUACAAACAAAGAUGAGCCUAAACGUACAGAGCAGAUGUGCUCCAGACAUGGCAAAAAAAUGAAGAGCAUCCUUCAGGAAUGUUCUGAGGAGCUCUAUGAAGAGGCUGUACAGGCGUUAUGCACUCCUACAUCAUCAUCCAAAAGCACUCCACCUCUUUUCUUGCACACAUCACAACCUAACGCCCUUAACACACGUGCACAGACCUUAUCAUCUCCGUCUUUGGCGGAUUCCUCCUCUACGAACAUUUCAUUGUCUUACAUCCAGGACGUGCCAUCAUAUGAGCAUCAGCAGUCCAAUUUAGUUUCUUCACAAGCUCCUUUAGUCCUCCAAAUCACUUCUUCAUCACCUUCCUCAUUCCUUCAAUCAUCAUCAAAAGCAGUGUCAAAGCAACAUAGAUUCAAUGCAGAAGAGAUGAGAGAAGCUACACAGCAGGUUUUGACUAGCGGACACAACCUGAAACUAUCAAUGGAGAGUCAAAGCUUCCUUAUGAAGUCCAGGUGGCUUCAACCUCAAGUGUGUCUUUAUAGACUAAGCAUGGACGAAUGCGCCAGGAUCACACAUUCAUCGGAGUCUGACGAAGAAGUGUAUGCAUUUUUCGAUGCAAAUACUCUGUACUCUGAUACAUACUCAGAUUCAGACACGACAGACUCGGAUGACCCUGAUUAUAACCCUAAAGGAGGGUAAAUACGGAGUAAUAUUUGUAUUAUGUAAUUAAUGCGGGCUUUGACCCACUCGGCAUGAAUGAACGUGAUGUUUAUCAUGUUCGCAGGUGCAUCGGUACCCAAAACUGUUUGAUUAUCUAUUUUAGUGGUUUACAUUGAAUGUUUGGAUAAACCUUUUUACCUGAUCAGUUUACUUUAUGAAGACGACUUCUAAAUGUUACCUUAAAUAAACAUUGUGAUGAUAUGAAGGAUAAAAA